AUGGGGCUAUAUGACAAAUGUUCUUAUACCUCGCGUGACCGAGGAUGGGUCGUGGGAAUUCACACCGUCAGUGACCAAGGCAACAGAGACCCCCGCUACUUUUUCUCCCUGAAGACAGACCGGGCCCGGCAAGUGACCACCAUUAAUGCCCACCGCAGCUACCUCCCAGGCCAGUGGGUACACCUAGCCGCUACCUACGAUGGGCGGCUGAUGAAGCUCUACGUGAAUGGUGCCCAGGUGGCCACCUCUGGGGAGCAGGUGGGCGGCAUCUUCAGCCCGUUGACCCAGAAGUGUAAAGUGCUCAUGCUGGGAGGCAGCGCUCUGAAUCACAACUACCGCGGCUACAUUGAACGCUUCAGUCUGUGGAAGGUGGCCCGGACUCAACGGGAGGUCCUGUUGGACAUGGAAACCCAUGGCCUCCACACUCCUCUACCUCAGCUCCUCCUCCAGGAGAACUGGGACAAUGUGAAGCGCACCUGGUCCCCCAUGAAGGAUGGCCACGUCCCCCAAGUGGAACUCAGCAGUGCCCACAGCUUCCUGCUGGACACAAGUUUGGAGCCUCCCUUGUGCGGGCAGACAUUGUGUGACAACACAGAGGUCAUCGCCAGCUACAACCAGCUCCCACGGUUCCGCCGGCCCAAGGUGGUGCGCUACCGCGUGGUCAACCUCCAUGACGACAACCGCGAGAACCCCACGGUGAGCCGCCAGCAGAUCGACUUCCAGCACCGGCAGCUGGCCGAGGCCUUCAAGCACUACAACAUCUCCUGGGAGCUGGAGGUGCUGGAGGUGAGCAACUCCUCCCUGCGCCACCGCCUUGUCCUGGCCAACUGCGACAUCAGCAAGAUCGGGGACGAGAGCUGUGACCCCGAGUGCAACCACACGCUGACCGGUCACGACGGCGGGGACUGCCGCCAACUGCGUCACCCUGCCUUCGUGAAGAAGCAGCACAAUGGGGUGUGUGACAUGGAUUGCAAUUAUGAUCGGUUCAGCUUCGAUGGCGGAGAGUGCUGUGACCCCGAAAUCACGGACGUCACCAAGACUUGCUUCGACCCCGACUCUCCGCACAGAGCAUACUUGGAUGUUAAUGAACUGAAGAACAUUCUUAGACUGGAUGGAUCAACACACCUUAAUAUCUUCUUUGCAAACUCCUCGGAGGAGGAAUUGGCAGGAGUAGCAACUUGGCCAUGGGACAAGGAGGCCCUAAUGCACUUAGGUGGCAUUGUCUUGAAUCCGUCUUUCUAUGGCAUUCCUGGGCACACCCACACCAUGAUCCAUGAGAUCGGGCACAGCCUGGGCCUCUAUCACAUCUUUCGAGGCAUCUCGGAGAUCCAGUCUUGCAGUGAUCCCUGCAUGGAGACAGAGCCCUCCUUUGAGACCGGAGACCUCUGCAGUGACACCAACCCAGCCCCAAAACACAAGCUCUGCGGUGAUCCGGGGCCAGGGAAUGACACCUGUGGCUUCCAUAGCUUCUUCAACACCCCUUACAAUAACUUCAUGAGCUACGCAGGUAGGACUCCCCGCUCAGCCAGGCGCUCAGCCAGGCGCAUGCGGCUGGGUGUCACUCACGGGCUCCAGUCCUGGCUCAGAGGAGCCUUGGGAAAGCUGCUUUCCUUUUCUAAGACUUCUUCAACCCAACAGUCCCUCAUCCCAGACAAUCAGGAUGUGACAGUCCUUGUAGAAUUGGGAUCAGCAUGUGACCUUUGCCUGGAAGGGAGAAUCCUGGUGCAGUAUGCCAUCAAUGCUUCCUCCCCAAUGCCUUGUGGCCCAUCAGGACACUGGAGUCCUCGAGAAGCAGAAGGUCAUCCAGAUGUUGAACAGCCCUGUAAGUCCAGUGUCCGCACCUGGAGCCCAAAUUCAGCUGUCAACCCACACACAGUCCCUCCAGCCUGCCCUGAGCCACAAGGCUGCUACCUUGAACUGGAAUUCCGCUACCCCUUGGUCCCUGAGUCUUUAACCAUCUGGGUGACCUUUGUCUCCACUGAUUGGGACUCUAGUGGGGCUGUCAAUGACAUCAAACUGUUAACUGUCAGUGGGAAGAACAUCUCUCUGGGCCCUCAGAACGUCUUCUGCGAUGUCCCACUGACCAUCAAACUCCGGGAUGUGGGUGAGGAGGUAUACGGCAUCCAGAUCUACACAUUGGAUGAGCACCUAGAGAUUGAUGCGGCCAUGUUGACCUCCAUUGCAGACAGCCCACUCUGUCUAGAGUGUAAGCCCCUGCAGUACAAGGUGGUCCGGGACCCUCCUCUCCACGUGGAUGUGGCCUCCCUCCUACACCUCAGUAGAAGAUUCACGGACACGUAA